UUUGUUAAAAGAAUCCAGAGAUGUUAGAGUUUGGGAGCAUGCACUUCAAAUGUUGGAAAAUUCUCUCUUCUUGUUCUUGGCCAACCCAUAGUUAUACAUUUGGGUAAUUUUCUUUACAAUCAUGUGUCUCCCACCAGGCAAACGGACAGAGUAAAUCCACCAAUACAACAGUCAAAAGAUGAAUAAAACCAAGAUGAAAAGUUCCAAUUUUUAACCACCCAACCCAACCCCUUUUCAACCCACCCGUUGAUACUCUUGUUUACUUUCUCUCUAGUAUAAACAAAACGUUCAUAUGCACACCUCCCGAGAAAGUUUCAGGAUCACUUCUUUCUUGCUUGCUUAUAUAUAUACAUGUGUCUCUAUACUGUAUUAACGAAGGCCAUAAACAAUUACAUAAUAGAAAAAGGGAAGAGAGAGAGAGAGAGAGAGAGAGAGAGCAAGAAGAUUUCUUUAUUACCAAAAAACAAAGGUCUUAGUGCCUACACUUUCUUGUGUAAACUAUUAAGUAAAAUAUUCAAGAAAUGGAGAGUUAAGUUAAUGGGGUUAUGGAGUUUGUCUUUACAGCUGAGUGUAGUUAGUGGGAGAGGGUUUCUUGCCUUGAGGGUUCUUUUGCCUCUGCUGCACUUAGUUUCUUCUCUUGGAACCUGAAAAAGGGGAAGCUUCUGCUGGAAGGGCAGUAGUGGUGUGGUUGUACUUCUUCAAGAAAGGAUUGUACCUCCUUAUUGCAAGAAGCUGAAAAAGAGGAAGCUUGUGCUGGAGAACCAUUCUUACCCGUAUGGGUGGUUGUACUUCUUGAAGAAAGCUUUUUACAUUCAAGGAAGGCUUUUCUUUGUCUUCUCUGUUGGGAAUUCUUGGAAAAGAUAUUUCUUUUCUUGCAACCCAAAUGGAGGGCAGGUGGGGUGUUGGAUUAAUAGGGGUAAUGCUGUUUUUGGGAAUGCUUGUGGGCUGCAUUUAUGCUCAGGACAAUGCAGAUACAAUUACUGCUGUGUAUAUUGUGAUUCUGAAACAAGCCCCCACUUCUCAUUACUAUGGUGAGCUUAGAGUUAAGCAUGGUCACCAUAUUAAACACAAUGGUUCUCAGAGGAGUAGACUGGAUACAGCAAGGAAUACAUCAAGGACAGGUGGGCACCAUGGGUCAUACAUAGACCGUGUACAUGAUUCUCUGUUGAGAAAAGCAUUAAGGGGUGAGAAGUAUCUUAAGCUAUACAGCUACCGCUAUCUGAUCAACGGAUUUGCUGUGCUGGUCACUCCACAGCAGGCUGACAAGCUCUCAAGGAGAAGAGAGGUAUCAAAUGUGGUCUUGGAUUUCUCAGUCAGAACUGCUACUACUCACACACCACAGUUUCUUGGUCUACCUCAAGGAGCAUGGGCCCAAGAGGGUGGAUUUGAAACUGCCGGUGAAGGGGUUGUGAUUGGAUUCAUUGACACUGGAAUUGAUCCCACACAUCCAAGCUUCUCUGAUGAUACACCUGGAAAACCAUAUCCAGUUCCAGAGCAUUUUUCUGGAAUUUGUGAAGUUACACGAGAUUUUCCUUCUGGAUCCUGCAACAGAAAGCUGAUAGGAGCUCGCCAUUUUGCAGCCUCUGCCAUUACCAGAGGGAUAUUUAAUGCCACCCAGGACUAUGCGUCACCCUAUGAUGCUGAUGGCCAUGGGACGCACACAGCUGCUAUUGCAGCAGGAAACCAUGGGAUUGCAGUUGUAGUAGCUGGGCAUCACUUUGGAAAUGCUAGCGGAAUGGCUCCUCGUUCACACAUUGCUGUUUAUAAGGCAUUAUACAAGAGCUUUGGAGGCUUUGCUGCAGAUGUGGUUGCUGCCAUAGAUCAGGCUGCACAGGAUGGAGUGGAUAUAAUAAGCUUGUCGAUAACUCCAAACCGGCGGCCCCCUGGCAUUGCCACUUUCUUUAAUCCUAUAGACAUGGCUCUAUUAUCAGCUGUCAAGGCUGGUAUUUUUGCAGUACAGGCAGCAGGAAAUACUGGGCCAUCGCCUAAGAGCAUCUCUUCCUUUAGUCCAUGGAUCUUCAGUGUUGGCGCUGCAGCCCAUGAUAGGAUCUAUAGUAACUCCAUAGUCCUGGGCAAUAACAUCACAAUUCAAGGAGUUGGACUUGCUCCUGGAACCGACACAGAUGCCAUGUACACUUUGGUUUCUGCUAUCCAUGCUUUGAAUGACACAACAGCUGCAAAUGAUAUGUAUGUUAGUGAAUGCCAAGAUGCCAGCAAUUUUAACCAGGAUGUUGUCCGAGGGAAUCUCUUGAUAUGCAGCUACUCUAUCCGUUUUGUACUUGGACUCUCCACUAUCAAACAGGCCUUAGAAACUGCAAAAAAUCUCAGUGCUGCUGGUGUUGUGUUCUACAUGGAUCCUUACGUUAUCGGUUUCCAGCUCAACCCGGUUCCAAUGAGAAUUCCUGGCAUUAUAAUUCCAUCCCCUGAUGAUUCCAAAGUCUUGCUUCAGUACUACAAUUCUUCUUUGGGUAGAGAUGGAACUACAAAGAAAAUUGUUAAAUUUGGGGGAGUUGCAUCUAUUUCUGGAGGGAUAAAAGCAAAUUUCAGCCGUGCUGCCCCGAAGAUUAUGUAUUACUCUGCCAGAGGACCAGAUCCAGAAGACAGUUCCCUUGACGAUGCUGACAUACUGAAACCAAAUAUUGUUGCUCCUGGAAAUUACAUAUGGUCUGCUUGGAGUUGCCGUGGUACCGACUCAGUUGAAUUUGAAGGUGAGAGCUUUGCAAUGAUGUCUGGAACAAGCAUGGCAGCUCCUCAUGUUGCCGGACUUGCCGCCUUAAUUAAGCAGAAAUUUCCCUUUUUCACUCCUGCAGCCAUUGGAUCUGCACUUUCGACAACAGCUUCUCUUAGUGACAGAAACGGGGGGCCUAUCAUGGCACAACGUGCUUAUGCUAACCCUGAUUUGAACCAAUCUCCUGCCACGCCCUUUGAUAUGGGGAGCGGAUUUGUUAAUGCAACUGCAGCAUUAGACCCUGGCCUUAUUUUUGAUUCAAGUUACGAUGAUUACAUGUCGUUCUUGUGUGGCAUAAAUGGGUCGUCCCCUGUAGUCCUGAACUACACGGGUCAAAGCUGCGGGGUUUCUACCAUGAAUGCCACUGACCUCAAUCUGCCUUCCAUCACAAUUUCGAAGCUGAAUCAGUCUGCCAUUGUCCAACGGACGGUAACUAAUAUUGGCAGCAACGAGACGUAUAGCGUUGGUUGGAGCGCUCCAUAUGGGGCUUCGGUGAAGGUGACACCAACUCACUUUUCUAUUGCAAGUGGGGAGAAACAAGUCUUAAGUGUAUUGUUUAACACGACUAUGAACAGCACGGUUGCAAGCUUCGGAAGAAUUGGAUUGUUUGGUACUAAGGGUCACAUAAUCAACAUUCCUGUGUCUGUUAUCGUCAAAGUCUCAUACAAUACUACUGGUGGCUGAUGCGAUUCAAUACUGAUAUUGAUUUCAUGUAAUUUUUUUAUGAACAUCUGAUUUUUUGAUUGGUUACUUUGUAAAUGAUUUGAUAUGUAGAUAACUAGUUGCUUGGCAAUGUUGAUGAUGUUUCAUUUUCCCAUUGUCGAGUGUGUUUUUGUUCUAGUUUUUCAUUGCUGAUGGUAAUCCGCAGGUGACAGUUCGUUA